AUCACCACCAGGAACGAGGGAAGCAUGCUCUGCUCCCCACUGCCUGUCCCAGCACCCUUGGUACAGGAGGGAGGACACGGGCAGGCGAUAGCCUGGCUCAGGCAGCACUCACAGCGCCAUGUCAGUCAUGCAGGCUCUCCUGGUUCUGAUCGUGCUGUCAGGCUGGGGCCGCACUGCUGGCCCUUGGGUUGGAAAAGCUCAGCAACUGGGCACACCUCUCUCCAAUGAUGAGUACCGCCAGUUCUUCAGGUCCCUUCGGACCUCUCAACGCGCCAGCACCGCCUGCCACCUCCGCACACUGUACGGCUGCCAGAACCCUGUAGUCCGGAGACUGGAUGAGUAUGAAAACCAUGGAGUCAUCCCAGAAGGACCCAUAUGCUCUGAACUGCCAGAAACUUCCUUCUUCCCCAACUUCUGUGCAUUUGCUUUUUAUCGCUGCACUACAAAAAGGUAUUUCAUUAAGCGGACUGCAUGCCCAGGAGAGCACAAGCCCAAACUGGGCAGCACACAAACUUUCAACAGCAUGGCCCUGAACAGCGAUGCAGCAUUGUCUGCUAUCUUCAGUCCCCAGCCCAUUUCUCCCACCUCUCCUGCAACCACCCAGCCAUCCAACUCCAGCCCUAACAUGGAAGGAGCUGACAUCUCCAAUUUCUCACCUGAUGGCAUGCCACUGCUGGGGAACAUGCAGCCUUCCACCUCACAUCCCACAGAGGUGACAGUCAGCAGCCAGCAGCAGGGACACCGGCCUGCUACCGACAUUGAGGAUCUCUUCCUGAGGCUGCAGGACAGGCACGUGCAGAGUUUGCUGCACACAGUGCAGCAGCUGCUGACCAUGGGAAAGGUAGUGAUGGAGAAAGAGCUGCAGGCUGCUGCCCUGAAACUGCUGGUGGCCCUGAACAAUGCAAAUGUGUCUCAGGGGGCAAACAGCACUGGCACAGAGCAUGGAAGAAAAAAGUGAUCAGCAAAAGGGAUGAGCCACUGCAGCUUAGACGGGAUGUAUGGGAACAGAGAAAGUAGAAUCCUCCUUCCCAGGCCUGAGGCACCAUCGAGGUUGCAGCACUUCCUCAGGCCAAGGGUGAGAACUAGGGAAAGAAGGCCACUUCUGAGGGUGAGGGAAAACCCAGGCCCAGGAUUCAAAGAUAAAGAUGUUGUCUUCUCAAAAAUAAUUGUCUCAAAGAUGCACUGUUCUUUCCUACACAAACUGUUCAUCCACUACUGCUUGGUCUGAACAUCUCCAUCCUCAAACAGGGCAAGAUGGAAAGAAGUAACACUUUUCCUAGGCGGGGCUGUACCACUGCCAUCACUAGUUCUCCUCUGCAGAGAGCAGGAGUUUGUUAUCUCCUUCAGUGAUUGCACAGCAGAACGCUAGUCUUUCUUCACCAAGGAGAGGUGUUUCUGCUCAGAAGCAUGAAGGGACUAAUCUUCUUUAGACAUCAGUGUGAAUAAACACACACACAGACACAAGGACAGCUCUACCUGCAGAAGGCCUAUCCUCCUGCAAAAGAACUGCCAGUCCAGCAUUCUAUUGCACUGGUGUUGGCACAUGGUUUGCGGCUACUUCUGAAACAGAUGCUAUGACAUACAGGAUAAACAUUCAUGUUAAGGAACUCCUCUUGCCUUUCAAAAAGUAAGGAGUAGAGUCUCAUUCAUGGGAACUCUGGCUGUAGUGCUGCUCCUUUUACAAACACCAGCCAUAUGGGUAAGACCAUACGAAGCCGCCCAUGCUAACA